GCCAUAAUUUCCUCAACUCUCCCGCAAUGCCUCAGGAAUCUUCCAAGAUUGCUGACCCCGACGUGACUUCCCAAGCAGCAGCCGAAGCUGUCGCCGAAUCGAGCAAACAAGCAGAGGCCGAGUCUGCACAUGAAAGCGGCGAUGAGGAGACUGAGACAGUAGAAGGCGCCGAGGGCGCUGCUGGAAAGAAGAAGAGUAGGAAAGACAAGGUCAAGGACGCCCUCAGCGGCAAGGGAAAGGCGGGUGAGGUCACAGACUUGGAUGCGCCGGCGGGAGGAAUUCUGCCUAAGGAAGUCAUGAAUAUGCUACUCGCAAGCAACCCUAGCCUUGCGAACGAGCUCCAAGGCAAGGUGAACAACAAGGAGGACCUGCAAAAGUUGAUCCAGAAGCUCAACAUCAACGACAUGUUGACAGGGCUGGCACCGCAAGGCGGCCAAAAGGACAUGGCCAACCACGCGUUCUGGAAAACACAGCCCGUUCCCAGCUUCGACGAGAUGGCAAGCAAGGACAAGAUCAAGGACGGCCCAAUCAAGGAGAUUGAUAUCGACAAGGUUGAUAAGAACCCAAGCCCAAUGUACCCCGGUUUUGAAUGGGUGACUAUGGAUUUGGAAGACGAGAAGCAGCUGGAAGAGGUCUACGAGCUGCUCACAAACCAUUACGUUGAGGACAAGGAUGCGACGUUCCGGUUCAAGUACUCGCCGUCGUUCCUAAACUGGGCUCUCAAGGCACCCGGCUGGAAGAAAGAAUGGCACGUUGGUGUCCGCGCGACUGCGUCAGGCAAGCUCGUCGCAUUCAUUUCCGGUAUUCCGAUACAGAUGCGCGUCCGCGACAAGCUCCUCAACUGCUCCGAAGUCAACUUUCUCUGUGUCCACAAGAAGCUCCGGUCGAAGCGGUUAGCACCUGUGCUUAUCAAGGAGAUUACCCGCCGCUGCUAUGUUGAAGGCACAUUCCAGGCUGUAUACACUGUUGGCUCGCUAUUACCCACACCUGUUUCUACCGCCCGCUAUUUCCAUCGCGCCAUCGACUGGGAGAAGCUGUACGAUGUCGGCUUUUCUCCUCUUCCCCGCGGUAGCACCAAGCAGCGCCAGGUCAUACGGUACAAGCUUCCAGACACUACAUCCACGCCCGGACUGCGCGAAAUGGAGGCCAAGGAUGUCGACGCAGCGCUUGAUCUCCUAAAGCGAUAUCUCGAACGCAUGGACAUGGCACAGGUGUUCAGCAAGACCGAGUUUGAGCACUGGAUGGCACCCAAAGAGAAGCCCAAGGAGCAGGUCGUCUGGAGCUAUGUAGUGGAGGACCCGCAAACCCACAAGAUUACCGACUACUUUUCCUUCUACAACCUCGAGAGUACCGUCAUUGGCAACAAGAAGCACAACACCAUCAAGGCGGCGUAUCUCUUCUACUACGGUACCGAGGUUGCAUUCGAGGAUGACCAGGCCAAGCUGAAGCAGCGGUUGAACCUGUUGAUGAAGGACGCGCUGAUUCUGGCGAAGAAGGCCGAUUUCGACGUGUUCAAUGCCCUCACGCUGCUUGACAACCCCCUGUUCCUGGAAGAUCAGCGCUUCGGUGCUGGAGACGGUUCACUACAUUACUACUUCUACAACUACCGCGCUGCGCCGAUCCCUGGCGGCAUCGACUCAAGGAACCAGGCGAGCAAGGAGCAUAUGGGUGGUAUCGGAUUAGUCAUGCUGUAAUCAUGUUCCCCUGAGCCAGUAGUAGGCGGCACCAAAAUUGAUGAUGUUUUUG